AUGGCGGAGACGCUGAGACGGGUGCUAAGUCGGGGCAGCGCGGCCUGGUCCGGAGAGGCGGUCACGGUUGAGGCCGGAUCGCCUUUGCUGCUGCUUGGCGUUCCAGCCUCUGGAAAAACAGCACUGCUAUUCGCGGCGGCCCUGGAGGCGGCGGGGGAGGGUCGAGGCCCAGUUCUUUUCCUGACCCGGAGGCCUCUUCAAAGCCUCCCCCGCGGAGUCGGAGCGGCGCUCGACCCGAGGCGACUCCAGAAGGUCCGCUUCCAGUACCCACCCUCGACCCGAGAGCUUCUGCGGCUCCUGUGCUCUGCCCAUGAGGCCCCGGGGCCCGCCCCCUCCCUUCUGCUGCUCGAUGGCCUGGAGGAGUACCUAGCGGACGAGCCGGGGCCCCAGGAAGCCGUCUACCUGGCUGCCCUGCUUCUGGACACAGCCGCCCACUUCAGCCGCCGGCUGGGGCCCGGCCGGGACUGUGGGCUCAUGGUAGCCCUCCAGACCCAGGAGGAGGCAGACAGUGGGGACGCCCUGCAGCUCGCCCUGCUCCAGCGGUAUUUUCCUGCUCAGUGUUGGCUGCAGCCGGAUGCGCCAGUCCCCCGAGAGCACGGUGUCCGCGCCUGCCUGGAGCCAGGCGGGCUGGGCCCCAGGACCGAGUGGUGGGUGACUUUCCAACCAAAUGGAGAAAUGAUGACCACCCCGUGGCCCACCCGUGCUGGAGACUUCAGCUCAGCCGAGGGGUCAAGCUCCAGAGCCCAUCCCUGACGACCCCUCUGUGCCUCAGUUUCCCACGGCUGGAAUAUGUACCUCAGGGGCAUGUGCAGAUACAAACACCUAAAUAAUAUAAAGUGCUUUUUCUCUGUAAAAAUAGAAUUAUUCCCCGGUGUGGUGGCUCACACCUGUUAUCCCAGCACUUUGGGAGGCUGAGGCAGGAGAACUGCUUGAACCCAGGAGUUUGAGACCAGCCUGGACAACAUAGCGAGACCCUAUCUCUGCCCGAGAAAUUAGCAUUAUUAUGUACAUAUUAUGCCCAGCUACCUUACUGUUUACUUUUGCUGUUUUAAACCUUCAUGGAAGAGUUUCAUGAUAAAUGUAAUCUUCCGAGGCGCCCUUCUUUUUCCAGUCAACGUUGUUACUAAGAUUCAGCCUCAUUGUUUAGUUCACUCCUUUUUCCAUGUUGCAUAUAAUUACAUGGGUGACUAUACCCAAAUUUAUAUCAGGUUGCCUUAUUGCCGUGAAUAUUCUUGUACUCAUGUCCUGGUAAUGUGUGUUUUUGUGUUAAAUACCAAGACAUGAAUCAACGUUUGUAUACCUAACCCUGAAUUGUACCCCAAA